UUAAUUUAUACUAUUUUAAUUUCACACUUACUUAUAUGAUGGUAGUUAGCCUACGUUGUAAUCUAGUUUUUACUUGUCUAUUGAUCAUAUUUAUAGAAACAUUAGAUAGCCGAUUAUUUGACGUUGAAUAUGCUGAACUAUAUCACGAUAUACAUGCAGUAGGUUCAUUUCGUGAUGGUGGUGUAUACUAUCUGUUCCAUGCAACUUCGGAUAAAGCCCGUUUAAUUAUGUAUGGCCAAACUUUCCUUUAUUCAUCGUUUUCUUAUGGAAAUACAAUAAAUGAUAUCUAUGUGGAGAAGUUCCGUCGUUCUGACGAAGAGAUAAUUGGCAUAACUAUUUGUAGCCAAUUUUCAUUCAAUCGUUUUGUUAAAAUGUAUUUCUGUUUAUUAGAUGGCAAUUGGUUUCCUACUACUUCUGAAGAUAAGAAUUCAUUUGUUGGUGGCCCUUUGAAUUUACAGAUGGAUAUGGAAAGAUGGGAGGUACACCCAAUAAUAGACGCUAGGAUUAUCAUGAGAGGUAAUGCUGCUAUACUCUACUAUAUAGGGAACGAGCAGCCAGACAAUCGUGAAUCUACUAGGAGUCAACUAUGGGCGGAUGAUGGAAAUUUCUUGAUAUCACCAAUAUAUAAUUUUGAAAAAAUAUCUCGAUUAUCUGGUGACCUGCCCUCCUCCUUAAUUGCACCUAUUACAAGUUUUUAUCAAAAUCUGAACGAGAAUACUAUGACAAUUACUCUGGAUAAAACAGGAAAUCGUGAAUACGUACUUAAGGUUGUACAUGCCAAUACGAAAUGUGGGCAAAGUAGAAAUAUAAUCACCGAUUUACCGAAAAUCGGUGUGAAUGCUCCAAACCUGGUUGCUAACAGAUCGCAAAAUAUAGUUAUUGAUAUAGCAGAAGCAUAUUUUCAACCGUCAAAUAUGGUGAUAUUUUGCAGAUUUAAGAGAGGUGGCUGGACAUAUUACCAACAUAGCAUAUUACCAAUACAUGAAGUCAACGACAUGGAUAUAAAAGUCAUCGAUUCAGAUACUCACACUGUUAUAUACCACAAUACGGAUGACGAAUUCAUUACAUAUAUUGAAGUAUUUUUCCAUAGAAGGACUAAAAUGCGGUACGUGGUAGUAAACAUCAAGCGUCUUGUCGAACCUGGUAUCGAUACAUUGAACAUUUAUGAAUUUAAGAGUGGCACUACACAGCAAUAUGUAAAAGUGGAGCCAACAAAUGUUCGUUACGUUCAAGAAAUUCUAUGCACCAUAUACAAUGACUCGCGUGCCUAGCACUUGCGGUCUAGAUAGCGUUUCUUAAAGAUUUU